GAAGAUAUGAGACCACCACUCCUAGGGUUCUCUCGGAGCCAUAAGACGCUCUCUCCUCUGAUCUCGCACCCGUCGCCCGCCGCCGCUGUCGCUCGCACCGUCGCAUCUCCGCAGGGUUUGCAAAGAUGGUGGUGCCGCUGCUGACGCAGAAGAUCGUGAAGAAGCGGGUCAAGCAGUUCAAGAGGCCCCACCUCGACCGCUACAAGUGCCUCAAGCCAAGCUGGCGCAGGCCUAAGGGUAUUGACUCCCGUGUCAGGCGGAAGUUCAAGGGAUGCACCUUGAUGCCCAACAUUGGAUACGGCUCUGACAAGAAGACCAGGCACUACCUUCCCAACAAGUUCAAGAAGUUUGUUGUACACAAUGUCUCCGAGCUUGAGGUGCUUAUGAUGCACAACAGGACGUACUGUGCUGAGAUUGCCCACAACGUCUCCACCCGCAAGCGCAAGGAGAUUGUCGAGCGCGCUGCGCAGCUGGACAUCGUGGUCACCAACAAGCUUGCCAGGCUCCGCAGCCAGGAGGACGAGUGAAAUGUUUAGUAGUUGCAGUUGCCUUGUCCGUAGAACAGUACUGAGACUGGAGAUACCUUUCCACCAUUUGUAUUCUUGUGUUAGACUUGUUCUGUGGACGAAAUUUUGUUACUGUGCGUCCAUGAUGUGUCGCAAAUAUUGUUCUGAUCAGAGAUGUGUCGCAGAUAUUGUUCUGAGCA